AUAGAUUUGCAAAACAACUCUUUUCAAGAGGAGUUGGCAAAUCCUUAUGCUAGUCAAAAUAAUAAUGAGGUGUAUGCAACCUCAGUCAAGCUUCCACAAUUUUGGACAAGUUGUCCAGAAGCUUGGUUUGUACAUAUAGAAAUGCAAUUUGACAUGAAAAACAUUACACAAGAUACUAAAAAAUAUGAACACACAAUCACAGCGCUUCCGCAAGAAGUAAUAGUUACAAUAUUAGAUUUCAUUCAAAAUCCUCCGCAUAACAACAAGUUUUCAUAAUUAAAGAAAGUCUUAAUUGAAAGGCAUUCUUUAAGCGAAAAUAAGAAAUUAGAUAAAAUUUUGUCAGAUUCAGAGAUGGGUGAUCGUAAACCCUCUGAAUUUUAUCGGUCGCUCAUGUUGCUUGCAGGUUCCAAUUGUAAGCUUAGUAUCCACCUCUUAAGAAAAUGCACAAGAAAAUGUUCGUGUUCUUUCUUCUGCUUGAAAUAGUAGUAGGCCAGUAAUUUUGAUUUUUGAUAAUGCACCGUUAAUAGUAAACAAUGGCAGAAGAAGAGCGGUAAAAAGUAAACAAAAGAAACAAUCUUUUGCCUAUGACCAAUUUGAGAUAGUUUUCAGUAUCCGAAAUGGAAGAUGACGAGUUAAACUUAAUGAUGUGCAGAGAAGAACGCGUAAGAAGGCGAGGUAUUGGAUGAGACCAUACCUCAAGGAAAGGAAUGAUAAGGGAAGAUUCAUCACCGAUUUCGAAAACUUGCGAAAUUCACCGAGGCUCUUUGAAAAUUUCCGUAUGCCACCAGAAAUUUUUGACGAACUUUUUGAGAUGGUGGAGCCGCAUCUGCUUCCGAAACGCCACUGCAGACCAAACGAUUUUAUCUCCAGCAAAGCCAAACUGGCAAUAGUACUGAAAUACUUAGCUUCGGGGGAUUUGCAGCGUCAUCUUGCGUCCUGCUAUCGUAUCAGCAAACAGCAUUUUGGCAGGAUCGUCACGUGCGUUUGUGAAGCAAUUUGGACCGUAUUAAAAAAGGAGGUGCCAGAGUGGACGGAACAAAGUCUGGUGGAUAUAGCUGAUGGCUUUAGAAAGCAGUGGAAUUUUCCGAAUUGCGUUGGUGCUAUAGACGGCAAACACGUCAGUAUCAAAGCACCUCCAAAAAGUGGAAGUAUAUUUUAUAACUACAAAGGAUUUCAUUCCAUUGUCUUGAUGGCUACCUGCGAUGCUGAUUACAAAUUUACGUAUUUGGAUGUAGGCGCUUAUGGAAGUGAAGGCGACUCUAAUAUUAUUAGAAAUUCUAAAUUUGGUGCGAGUAUUCUUAAUGACACCUGCCCAUUCCCUCCCGAUGCAUUUAUCGAUGGCAAAAAAAUACCGUACUUUAUCGUAGGAGACAAGCAAGCGCAUAAUAAAGCCUUAUAGUACGACGCAUCUUUCGACAGAGCAAAAAAUUUUUAAUUACAGGCUGAGUAGGGCAAGGCGGUGCAUUGAAAACGC